CAUCCCCAACUCAACUCGUAGAAACGUCGGGGAGGGGAGGGAGACACACAAACAAGAAAAAGAAAAGGCACAGUUGUUCUUCCUUUUCUUCUUCCACCCCCAAAAUUGUCUUUUUUAAAUAUUUUUUCUUUCUAAUUUUCACCACAUUUAAAUUUCUUCCCCAUUUCUAUAUUUCUCUCUCCUACCAUCAGCAGUCAGAUCUGACCAAACUUUCAGGUUCUUUAUUUCAUCUUCUUCUUUUCUUUCGUUUUUUUUUUAAUUCUAUUUUUGCAUUUUUUUGGGAUCUUAUACUUUUCAAAAUUCUGAAUUUCCUUCAUUUCUUUGACUAUUUUUAGAUCCAGUUUCUUGGGUUUUUUGUUUGGAAAAUUUAAAUUAGACUUGGUCUCAAUCUGCUGCUGCGGUAUUACUCUAAUUUGUGGUUGAUCAGCAAUAUUGUCUGUUGAAGGGGAGAGAGUUGGAGCAUGUCAAUGAAGAAGGCAUUUGACCAAACUAUUCGGGACUUAAAGAGGGAGGUCAAUAAGAAAGUUCUUAAAGUUCCUUCGGUAGAGCAGAAGGUUCUUGAUGCUACUAGCAAUGAGUCCUGGGGUCCUCAUGGAUCCCUUCUUGCAGAUAUAGCAGGGGCUACAAGAAAUUAUCAUGAAUACCAAAUGAUCAUGGCAGUAUUAUGGAGGAGGUUAAAUGAUACCGGCAAGAACUGGCGGCAUGUUUAUAAGGCUUUGACAGUUUUGGAGUACUUGGUGGCACAUGGGUCUGAGCGUGUUAUAGAUGAAAUAAAAGAACAUGCUUACCAAAUAUCAACAUUGUCCGAUUUUCAAUACAUUGACUCCAGUGGGAGGGAUCAAGGAAACAACGUGCGAAGGAAAUCUCAGAGCCUUGUACAAUUAGUGAAUGACAAAGAAAGGAUACUAGAAGUUCGGCAAAAGGCUGCUUCUAAUAGGGAUAAGUUUCGCAACACAUCUGCAGUGGGUGGAAUGUAUCGACCUGGUUCAGGAGGAUACGGCGAUGAUCGGUAUGAAGGACAAGAUGAACGCAAUGGUUAUGGAAGGGAAAGAGAAUGGGGCUCUAGAGAUGAUGAAAGGUAUGGGGACUCCUAUAGUAGAGAGGGAGAUCGUUAUGGGAGAGAAUCUGAGGAACAAUAUGGGAGAGAUAGGUAUGGGGAUGAUGACUCCAGGGGAAGAGCUCGAAGUGUUGAUGACUAUCAGUAUGGAUCAAGGGGUAGGAGUUCUGACAGAGAUGGAGAUCGUGCUUACAAUGAUGAUGACCGUCAUUCAGCUCGAGGAAGUACUGGUAAAGCAGAAGAUCAUACGGAUGGAAGGACAAUUGAGCGUAAGUUUUCUGAACAAAAUAUUGGUGCUCCUCCAAGCUAUGAAGAAGCUGUGGGUGUUUCUAGAAGCCCUACUUACAGUGACAGGGAUGGAGAAGCACCAGCUGCGUCAGCCCCUCAAUCAUCUCCUCCCACUGUAAAUGCUGCUCUUCAGUCAUCAUCCCCCGUUACUAACUCCACUCCUCAAUCAUCAUCUCCUGCUAAUAUUGUUAAUCCUAUUCAAGUAACUCCUGAGAACGGUGUUCCAUCUCAUCCAAAUAUGGAAGCUGAUGCUUUUGAUGAAUUUGAUCCUCGUGGUUCUGUUCCAGCUGCACCAACUACAUCAUCAAACACUGUCGAGAUGGACUUGUUUGGGUCUCUUUCUGAUGCAUUUUCACCCAGUCCGUUAGCAAUCAUGCCAGCUCCAUCUGACAUUUCAGACUUUCAAUCUGAUUCUGGAAACACUGCUUCUAAUCCCUCCUUCACUGCAACAUCAGAGACUAAUGUUGUUAACCAGUCUUUCGAAGAUCCAUUUGGAGAUUCGCCUUUCAAGGCCUUUCCGUCAGAUGAGGCACCAACUCAACCCCAAAAUUUUGCCUCCCCCUCGCCUUUCCAGCCUGAUGUGAAUCCUUCAGAGCAUUCAUAUCCUACAGCUCCGAAUGUGGGGUUUGCAGACGGUUUUUCAGGUUUAACUUUCAAUCCCAACGUACAAACUCCAUCAAGUCUGCAAUAUUUGCCUCAAGAGCCACAAUCUAUGCACGAUGAUGAUAUACUUGCUGGUAUUUUACCUCCUUCUGGACCUCUUCCCCCGACGGCUUCUGUUGGACCUUAUCCCACUUCUUCGGGCAUGCAUACUCCAAGUGGUUCACAAGCAGCUUUUCCUCCAACAUCUCACACUUCAGCAGGCGUUGGUUUUAUGACCGAAGCAGGACCAACAUCAACACCAUUUUCCCAAGUUCCUUCUCAGAACUCGGCUGCCAGCCACCAUUACUCGCUUCCCUACUCCGCUCCACCCCCCGCUUUAAGUUCAAGUUUAGCACCUCAGGCACCAGCUGGAGCAUUAAGUCAUCAAAACAAUAAUUUCAUGGGUGAUUUUCUUCCACAAUCUGGUGCUACAAUCCCGCAAUCUUCACAAUUAGCUUCCUCAAGUUCUGCAGGUCCAUUGGCCCUUGUUCCACAACAACCUGCUAAGAAGUUUGAGCCUAAGUCCGCAGUUUGGGCUGAUACAUUGAGCAAAGGUUUAGUUAACCUCAACAUUUCUGGAUCUAAAAUUAAUCCGUUAUCAGACAUAGGUAUUGAUUUUGAAUCCCUUAAUCGCAAGGAAAAGAGGAUGGAGAAGCCUAGUGCAACUCCAGCAACUUCCAAUAUCACCAUGGGCAAGGCCAUGGGAUCUGGUUCUGGAAUGGGUCGUGCUGGUGGGGCUGUGGUGAGGCCUUCGCCUAACGCCAUGAUGGGUUCUGGCAUGGGUGUGGGUAUGGGUGGUGGUCCUGGUGGACCUGGUGUUGGUAUGGGUAUGGGAAGUUACGGGUCUAUGAAUCAACAGCCAAUGGGUAUGGGCAUGGGCAUGGGCAUGGGCGGUGGAAUGGGCAUGAACAUGGGAAUGAAUAUGGGUAUGGGUCAAGGAGUAUCGAUGCAACAACCCAACGGUUUAGCCCCUGGACCAAACAUGAACAAUUAUAAUCCUAUGAUGGGAAGAGGUGGCUAUCCACAACAACCAUAUGGUGGUUCAUAUCGAUGACUGUAGUCUUCUUCUCUGUAUACAUCUGCAAUUCCGAAGCGAUUGGGUAUUCUGUUGAUACGUGCAGUUAUUGUUUCUGUGAAGUUGUACGAGCUUGAAUAGCUGGUGAGAAGUUAAUAGCCAUGAGAAUCCCCUCUAUUCUCAAUUCUCAUACAGGAUUUCUCAUUUUCACUGUUUGAUGCUGGCAACAACUGUACUCACUUCCCUCUGAUGGCAUCAAGGAUUCACUUUGUUAUACACUUAUAUUAGAGAAUAGAGAGACAGGGAAGUCCAAAUCUGUUUGAUUGAGUUUUGUUAUUAUUAUUAUUAUUAUAUUAUUUUUUUGUAUGGUGAGAGUUAGCCUCCCUCAGGCUUCAUAGUAUUUGUUAUAUUCUUGGAUCACAUAAUAUUGAGAUGUGGUUUCCCAGUCAGACAAUAAAACUUAUUAACGAAGAAAAUUGUUCCGUUGUCGA